ACGCGCGCCUCGCUGCGCUCUACGGGGCCGAGAGUUAAUGCUUCCCCCGGCGUCAAGAAAGGCUCCUGCUCCUGGCGCCGGGCGCAGGAGGGAGGAGGCUAAACAAGCUAAGCUAAGCUCCUUGAGUCUUUUCUCAUAAGGAUUAUCCAGAAUGUUUGCAUUGACAGAAAAGAACAGAUCCAUUGCUCAGCUAUUACUGAAUACUGGCACUUGCCCGCGAUGCGUAUUCAGAUUCUGCUGUGUGGGGUUACAGGCAUCUUACAGGCAUCCAUACAAGGAUUUGCUUAGAGAGCUGCAUGAAUUCCUGGAGUACAAUAAAGAAAAAGAGGACAAAUUUUGUUGUGAAAUAGCUGACCCCCCGGUUAAGAGAAUCCGACUUGAAAACAUGGAAGAAGGGGCUGAGGAUUUGAAUCAAAAUGGGGCCCUGCAGCAGAUCCCUGUGACAGAUGAUGCAAAUGUUGCUAUGGAGAUCUCUACUCCGAAGGUUUGCAACGUAUGCUUGGGAAUUCUUCAGGAGUUCUGCGAGAUAGAUUUUGUUAAGAAGGUGUGCCAAAAGGUUAAUUCUGCUGAGUACCAGUUUACUAGCUUUGUAUUUUCUGUGUCGCUUCCACCACAGUUGUCUGUUAGAGAGCAUGCUGCCUGGCUGCUGGUAAAAGAGGAAAUGAGAAAACAGGGCCUGUCACUGGCAAAAGAGGACAUUGUUCAACUGAAAGAAACAUACAAAUGGAUUAUUCAUCCCCUGUUCUCGGAGGAGCUGGGUGUUCCUGCUGAUGGAAAGAGCUUGUUCGAAGUGAGUGUGGUCUUUGCUCACCCGGAAACUGAUGAGGAUUGCCAUUUCCUAGCCACAGUAUGUCCAGACUGUUUCAAGCCAGCAAAGAAUAAACAGUCUGUUUUCACAAGAAUGGCAAUUAUAAAGGCUUUGGAAAAGAUAAAAGAAGAGGAUUUCCGUAAGCAUUUUCCAUAUCCCCCAAGUUCACCAAAGAAUAUCUGUGCUGCUCUGGAAAUUCAGUGCACUAAUGGUGCAAUUUUUGUGGCUGGAAGGUACAAUAAAUAUUCAAGGAAUUUACCACAAACUCCCUGGAUUAUAGAUGGAGAGCGAAAGCUGGAGUCUUCAGUGGAAGAGCUGAUUUCAGAGCACCUAAUGACAGCGUUUAAAGCAGAUAGUUUUAAUUUUUCAUCCUCGGGAAGAGAAGAUGUGGAUGUGAGAACGCUCGGCAGCGGAAGGCCCUUUGCAAUUGAGCUUGUGAAUCCUCAUAGAAUACAUUUUACUGCCAUGGAAAUGAAGGAACUUCAGCAGAAAAUUAAUAACUCUUCAGACAAAAUAAAAGUUCGAGAUUUACAGCUUGUCACCAGAGAGGCAAUUGGACAUAUGAAAGAAGGUGAGGAGGAAAAGACAAAGACCUACAGUGCCUUAAUAUGGACAGACAAAGCAAUACAGAAGGAAGAUAUUGCAGUCCUAGAUGAUAUGGAGGAAUUAAAGAUUGAUCAAAAAACACCUCUGCGGGUUCUUCAUAGAAGGCCUUUAGCUGUAAGAUCUCGUGUCAUUCACACCAUGAAAUCCGAGUACAUAGAUGACCAUCAUUUUCGCCUGCAUCUGAAAACUCAGGCAGGGACUUACAUUAAAGAGUUUGUACAUGGAGAUUUUGGAAGAACAAAACCCAAUAUUGGCUUCCUACUUAAGAGAACUGCUGACAUUCUGGAGCUGGAUGUAGAGUCUGUUGAUGUUGAUUGGCCUCCAACCCUGAAUGAUUAGAGUCUUUCAAGCUGGGAAGAGGAACAGUGACUUGACUCUCUUAUCAGGAGCUGGCAACAAAUUGAACUGUGCACCGUGUGAUAACUUGUUUGUUCCCUGCAAAAUAUUUCUAUUGAACAUUUGGAUCAUGUUGAUCUGUCAGGUUUUUUUAAUUGGCUUAAAAACUCAGGAUCAGUUGAUGUUUGUUCAAUUAAUUUGCAGCCUUAUUGUAAAUAAAUUACUGUCCCAUGUAAAGGGAUCUCUGACAGGC